GUGUUAUCAUCUUCUAUGCCGUUUCCACAUUCAAAAAAUGUGCAGGCAAAGUGCAAAAUGUUAGUAAAUUCUGUUGACGCAUGGGAUGUUGUACUUCAAGCCUGGGAGAAUGUCAUGGACUGUGAAGAUGAAUUAAAGUUUAAGGAGUGUGUUCAUCGUCUUCAGGUUGUUUGCCAGCCGUGGCCUGUAUUCUUUGAAUAUGUUAACGACUCGUGGAUCAUUCCUUAUAAGAAAUUCUUUGUGAAGGCAUGGACGAACAAAGUUAUGCAUUUGGGGAAUACAACAUCAAACAGGGUUGAGUCUGCUCACUGGAGUCUGAAGAAAGUUCUUGGAAGUAGUAUGGGAGACCUUUGUUCGUGUUGGGAUGGAAUUCACAACGUUAUUAUCUUGCAACACAAUGAAAUUAAGGCGUCUUUUGAAAGAAGUAUAAAUCUGAUCAGUGACUCUUACAAGGCAUUGAGUUAUAGAAGAUUAGUGGGGAAUAUUUCUAGAUGUGCCUUAGAACUCCUUGCUCCAGAAUUGGAAAGAGUAAAGAAGAUUGGAUUCGAUAGUAGUCGUUGUGGCUGCAUUCUCAGACAAACUUAUGGUCUACCAUGUGCGUGUGAAUUAGCACGAUAUGAUCCUGGGAUUAUUCCUCUCCAAGAAAUUCAUGUCAUGUGGACUAGGUUGAGCUUCUCCAAUGUCUCGUCUUCACAAACUGAAGGGCAAUUAUCUAUUCAGAGGGAGGUUGAUCUACUGCUUAAUCUUUUCAAAGAAGUUGAUAUUGCAGGAAAAGUGACCAUAAAACAUAAAUUACUUGACAUAGUUAGCCCUUCCAUGACAUCGAUGUUACCACCACCGACUAAAGUUAAGACGAAAGGUGCAGCUAAGAGUCAUAGAUCAAAGAAGUCAACCAAACGUGAUCCCUCCUAUUUUGAGCAUGUGGACGCCUCCAUAGAGUCCUCAAGACAAGACACAUUUGUUGCAAAAACAGAAAACAAGGCGAAGAGCAAACGUGUUAUUGAAGAGAAAGUAAUACCCAUGCUAGAACAGUUCAAUCCUGUUUUUCAUCCAUAUAUACUGGAUGUUGUCGAUGUUGUGGCGGACGGUCAUUGUGGAUAUAGAUGCAUUGCUGCAUUGUUGGGUAUGGGUGAGGAGUCGUGGCCUCUAAUCAGACAUGAUCUAUACAAAGAACUUAGCCAAUGGCGAGAUGAAUAUGCAACGUUAGUUGGAGGCUAUGAUCGUCUGGAAGAACUGAGAAAGUCUUUGCUAGUUCAAUCACCAUCAGGGGCUAAUCGAGACAAGUGGAUGACUAUACCAGACAUGGGGUAUGCGAUUGCUAAUCGGUAUAAUGUAAUCCUCGUGUGCUUGUCAUCAGUUCAGAAUUUGACUAUAUUCCCACUUCGUACAUCCCCACCUACUUCGCAAAGUCAACAUCGACUAAUUUGUAUCGGACAUGUUUACAAUUCUCAUUUUGUUCAGGUUCGUCUACAAGAAGGCUGUCCAUUACCGACAGUGGAUAUCAUAUCAUCUAGCAAUUGUUACCCAAAGGCAAAAGGGUGGGCAUCAUUUUAUAGAGAUAGGAUGCAAGCAUUCCUAGAUUUACACAUAGUGGAUCGUAGUUAUGUAGAUCUCAUGGAAGACUAAUAUUUG